CUGUCGUCUUCUCGGGAAAUCAUAUCGUGUUUCCAAGAGGGCAGAGCUCUACUGCCCGGCCCUCCCAUCAAUGUCCGCGUCGAGCAAUUCAUUGAUGACAAUACAGUUAGAAUCGGAUGGACGGCUCCCGAGAAGAACUCGGAAUUAGUUCAAUGGUAUCGUGUCUUCUGGAGACCGAUCGGCUCACGGGAUCUAAUGAGGAACCAAACGGAGAAUCCUUGGUUUGAACUCCAGAAUCUAGAGUCCGAUAAAAUGUACGAAUUUGUGGUCAAAUCUGGCAAUCAUUACGGUCUCAGUGUCUUCACGGAUCCGCUUGUAGUGUCUUUGAGAGGCUCUUCAGCGCACUCCACAUCAUUAGGCAAUAAAUUGUUG